AACAAGAAAGAAGUGUCAGCAUUCGAAGAGUCGCCGAUGGAGCUUGAGCCCAGUAGACAGUGUCACCUGAGACAACUCCAACAGCUCAAGAAAAAAUUGCUGGCCCUUCAGCAAGAGCUGGAGCUCCACACGGAGGAGCUGCAGACGUCUUACCGCUCUCUCCUGCAGUAUCAGUCCGUCCUAGAGAAGCAGGCUUCCGGCCUGGACCUUCUCCACUGUCACUGCAAACUGAAACAAGAUGAGGUGAUUCUCUAUGAGGAGGAAAUGGGAAAUCACAAUGAGAACGCAGGGGAGAAGCUCCGUUUGGCACAGGAGCAACUUGCCUUGGCGGGGGACAAGAUCAUCUCCCUAGAAAGGAGCUUAAACCUCUACAGAGGCAAAUACCAGACUUCUCUGAGCAACACUGAGUUACUGGAGUGCCAGGUGAAGAUGCUGGAGGGGGAGCUCAACGUGAUCAUCAGUCAGGAGCCCAAGAACAAGGGAGAUCACUCAAAGGUGCAUAUAUACACUUCUCCCUGCAUGACUCAAGAGCACCAGGUGACCCUGAAACGACUGACUGAAGUCUGGCAAAAGGUCUCUGAGCAGGAUGAUCUAAUCCAGGAACUUCGAAACAAGCUAGCCUGCAGUAACGCUUUGGUUCUGGAGCGGGAAGAGGCUUUGAUAAAAUUACAAGCCGACUUCACUUCCUACACAGUGACCCACAGACAUCCUCCUACCUCCUCAGAAGAUUGUGAAGACAUCAAAAAGAUACUGAAGCACUUGCAGGAGCAGAAAGACAGCCAGUGCCUGCACGUGGAGGAGUACCAGCACCUGGUGAAGGACUUGCGCCUGGAGCUGGAAGCUGUGUCCGAACAGAAGAAGAGCAUCAUGAAGGACGUGAUGAAGCUGGAGCUGGACCUGCACGGGCUGCGGGAGGAGACAUCUGCCUACGUGGAGAGGAAGGAUAAGGAGGCGGCCAUCCUGCAGCAGCGGCUGCAGGAGCUGCAGAUGGAGUUCACAGAGACCCAGAAGCUUGGUUUGAAGAAAGACAAGCGCCUCCAAGAGAAGGCUGAAAUGCUGCAUGAGCUAGAGAAGGAACUGGCACAGGUUCAGGACACCCUCAUGAAAAAAGAGGUAGAGCUGGAUAAGCAGCAACGCGUGGCAACGGAACUGGAACUCACCAUUCAGGAGGCGAAGCAGAAUGACUGCAGGGCAGAGUGUGGAGCCAUGCGAACUGAGCUCCAGCUGCUGCAGGACUGUCUCCGAGAUGCCAGACAGCAGCAGAGACUGGCUGCUCAUCAACUAGCUCAAUAUAAAGAAGAGGCCAUCCUGGCCCAGAGGAACCUGGAGAAUUCCCAGAGGAAACUGCAAAGCUGCCUCUUCCUGGAGAAGCAGAAGACAGACACCAUCCAGGAGCUACAGAGAGACCUUCGGAAGCUGCAGAAGGAUUCCCUGAUGGCCAAAGAGGAACUCGCACCCAGCAGGAAACGGAUAGAGGAACUGACAUCAGAACUCUCUGAGGCCCUCAGGAAGCUUGAAAAUUCUGACAAAGAAAAGAGGCAGCUUCAGAAGACAGUGGCUGAGCAGGAUAUAAAACUGAAUGACCUGCUAGAUCAUUUAAAACUCAUUCAGCACCAGAACAGGGAGCAAGCCUGCACCAAAAGCCAUCUGGAAGAUGAACUUAAGGACGUAACAAGGUUACUGGAGGAGAAACGGGAGCAGGUGAAAAAGUGCAAAGAACAGGAGAAGUUGCUGGAGGAAAAGCUUGAAGUGCUCCGGCAGGAAGGAAAAAGGAAAGAAAAGCUGUCAAAGGAGAAUUUGAGAAAUCUGGAAGAGGAAAACAAGAAGCUGAAAGUACAGUUAAAGCAAUAUUCUACACAACUGGAUUCCUCUCUCACCAGACAAAACACCUCCCAGCAAGUCAUUCAAGAACUAAAUAAUAAGAUAUCCCAGCAGAAGGAGACUUUAGUGAGUCUGCAGGUCCAGCUGGACAAGAGUCUGCAGAAAGAGAAGGAAUGUCUCCAGACCAUGGUCAGUAAAGAAGCCUAUGAGGAGCUGUCCCGGAAGUCAGCUGCCUGCCGAGAUGACCUGACCCAAGCCCUGGAGAAGCUCGAUCAUUCGACCUCGGAGACAAAGAGCCUGCACCGAAGCUUGACACAGGCCCAAGAGAGGAAAGGUCAGCUGGAAGGUGAAAUCGUGGUUUAUGAGGAGAGGAUGAAGUGGCUCAACGUGGAAUUGAAAAAACUGCAGGGCUUCCAUGAGCAGAGUGAGCUAGAGGUGCGCGCCUUCGACCGGAAGCUGGAGUUGAUGAGCGGCCAGGUGCUGCAGUGGCAGAAGCAGCACCAGGGCGACCUCCGGAUGCUGGCGGCCAAGGAGGAGCAGCUCAGGGCCUUUCAGGAGGAGAUGGCCGCCCUGAAGGACAGCCUCCUCGCGGACGAGCGGGAGCCCCGUUGCAUGCCCCAGCAUUCUGUACCCAAAGACACCUGUAAGCUGCCCAGAGACAAUCAUCAGAUUAUGUCCGACAUGGAGCAAUGGGCAAAAGAGCAGAAGAUCGCCAAUGAGAAACUAGGAAACAAGCUCCAUGAACAGGUCAAAUAUAUCGCCAAGCUGUCUGGUGAAAAGGACCACCUCCUCAGUGUAGUGGUCCAUCUGCAGCAGGAAAAUAAGCAGCUGAAGAAUGAGAUAGAGGAGAAGCUGAGAGCCGGAAACCCAAAGUCGCACACCAAAGCCCCGGGCCCGGGCGGAACAGGGUCCGCACACAAGGGGAAACCGUGCACCACCUCAGGCUGGAGGGGGACAUCUCUGGACGUGGGCCAGAGGUCUUGGGAGGUCACCAAGUUUGUCGGUAUGCCCCACUGCUCAGGUAUGUCUGCCAUUUGUCUUUUUGCUGCUUCCUAUAAUGUCAUCUUAGUCCUAGGGGUCAAAAAAAUCAUAAUAAUGACAGCCCAAUAAUACUUUCCAAGAGAUCACUGGAUUGGAAAACCAAAUAGGGUUAAAAAAAGCAGAUCUUUCGCUUAGUUCCUCUGGACCAGAGAUCAGUGUUUGCUCAUCUGUAGAGGGAGGAGACAAAUGAAUUAGGCUCGUUCUGAUCUGAGAACCCUUGACAACACCCAGGUACCUCAAAACGCAGACCUAUCCCUACCCAAUACCCAGGUCCUUUGGGACAUGUGGGACAAGGGGGACACAGGCAGGACAGGCAUCUUCCUUCCAUGACAUGUCCUGGAAACCCCACAAGCGCCCCGUCCCCUGCCCAGCCUGAGGCCACAGCUCCCUGUUCUGCCACCUACAGACUCUAUGUUACUCCUGAGGGAAGAAUUCACCCCACCACAGAGCUGCCUGGCCGGGAGGCCAGUCCUUGAGGAAGUGGCCUCCUUAAUUCCCCCACAAAUCAAGCCUGUGAUUUCCUGUUCCUUCAGCUUCCUCGUAUUGAUAGAAUCAGCGCCCUGCCCUGAGCACCAUUUCCACCACAUUUUUCAGAGGACAGUGAGUUCCCAUCCCUCUCUUGACUUGGAUUAACUUUUACGGGCAUACAUCAAGGUCUCAGCCUAUUUUGCAAGAUGCUAACAUUUCAUUGAGUUUUGUCCACUUCCUGCAGUGGAGUGAGGCUUGGAACCAUACUACCAUCUCCGGGCCCAAACCCUAAAAUAAAGACAUGAGCAGAGCAAUCCUGGUGAGCUCUUGGUGACUUGCAGACAUCUCUGCCCCUCACGCCCCCAGCAGCACAUUCAUUCCUGUUUUCUCUGGAUUCUGAAAGACAAGGGGCUCUUCCACACGUACAGGGAAGCCAUCAUCCCCAAAGCAAGCUUCUAGAUUAGUUUUUAAACCAACAAGAGAUCAUUAGCUCCUUUUUCAUCCUUUCUGCCUCUAAAAUUUAAGAAGGAAAACAUCUAAAAACCUCAAAAAGAAAGUAAUCCUGAGACCCAAAAGAAAGGAAGAUAAAUAAGUGAUACAUUUCCCAAAUGCGGAAGGAGAAAGAGCCAUCUGCUUUCUCCUUGGUCCCCAUAUUACAUUGCCCCUUUUAACAAUUUUAUUUUUCUCCCCAGCUAGCUCGAUACAAGUACAAUUCCAUUAUAACAAAUUCCAAGGACAACUAAACUAUUUACUUCUGGUAGGAUUUUGUUAAACUGAGUAAUGUCUAGAAUUUAUAUUCCUAAUCUGUAGGAAAUUGAAAUAGCUACUAAGGUAAAAUAAGAGAAAGAAAUGAAAGGGCUUGCAUUUGGAAAGGGAGUUGGAGGACCAGAAAAGUGAAAGAAACCCACUAGUUGGUAAUGAUUCUUAAAUAUUCUUGCUUCCCUCCCCAGCCAACAAAAGGUAAGAAAAUUCCCUGCUAAUAGCAACAUGUCACAUAAGAUGUCCCUGCCAGGGCUUGGGAAGGGGAAAUUCCAGGUGUGCCAUGUGAGUCAGAGUGAAGGGCAUUUCUAGU